UGGAGAGGUUGCCACAGAUGCUUUUAGAGAGAGAUAUUCAAAACAAUUCAGCUAAUGUUAUAUUCAUGAAAUAUACAUAUUUGUCUCAGAACUUAAGUGAUUUUGCCUUCAGUGAUUUAUAAGUGAGAGGUUUUGAGUGAAAGGGAAACCUUUGACUUUACCAAAAAUGCGUAGCACCGUUGGAUGUUUCCGCCUCCCCAUCCCAUCAACCUGAGGACGCAUUUAUUUACCAGUAAUACAUUGUUCGGCGUUAAUUGAUUUAAACAGUUUAGGACUUUCUGAUCUUGAAGGAAAAUGUUGUUCUGGGUGGUAAAGUGGACAUGUUGUCUACUAGUGCUCUUCAAAAUCAGCGCUGCCUCCGUUGACGCUGGACGCACAGACUCUCCUGGCGAGUCAGGGUCGGGGAUGCUACCAACAGAGGAGGUGAACCUUCUAGAAGAACUCUCGCUGCAGGUGUCCAACAGCAGCAAUGCCUCCAUGUCUCUGGAUGCUAAGAGGUGUCCGGUGCUGCAGGUGGGACAGUACUCCACCCUGGCCCUGCCCCUAGCCGAACUCUUCACUGACGGGUUUGCAGAUGAGUUCAGCCUAUUGAUACAGCUGCGGAGCCCUCAGCUAGACGAACACAGUGUGCUCACCCUGCUCAGCCACGACAGUCACAUCCUGCUGCAGCUUCGCAUCAGCGCGUACACACUCACCUUCAUCGGCACGCAACAGCGCCUCUAUGAGUUCCCCAGUAGCCUGUCUGACGACCAGUGGCACCAUGUGGCUGUGAGUGUGUCAUCCGCUAGACUGGCGCUGUAUGUGGAUUGUGCCCUGGUGGAGCGUGUGGACUGGGCGUACCAGGGUAUGGGAAUCACCCCUGACGGUCUACUCAUGGUGGGGGGCAUCGUAGAGGGCUUCGAGACACCAUUUGAGGGCCAACUCCGACAGCUGACGUUCCUGAUGGGCGACCCAGACGCCGCCCAACACCACUGCACUCUCCACCCUGUCCAGUGUGGGGGGGCUGCCUCCAAGCCCCCCCGCUCACCACGGACCGACCACACUAUGGAGGAGCUCCUGCUGUCCUCAAAUGACCUGGAAGACCUGUUAGAGCGAUCCAAGGAUUCCUCUUUGUUGGAUGUGGAGGAGACUGAUGUGUUUGGGCAGACUGGGAGUCAGCGUGGGGACGGGACAUGGGGUCCUCACCAGAAAGGUAUGGUGGGACGAGGAGACGUCUUUGUGGUGGACGAAGACACAGACCUGGCUGAUCCAAAUCUCCACGGGGGACACCUUAAUCCUCUGUGGAAACCCAGCAGGCAGGGCCCUAAGGACAGCCAUGAGGGCAAGCCUGAGCCCUCCUCCAAACUCCUGGACGAGAACAUCACCACGGAUAAGAAGACGGCAGACUCUGGAGGGAAGGGCGUUGGCCUGUUUCCCGGGAAACCCUCGGAUGACAUCAUUAUUGAUUUGGAUCCUGUGUCUUCCUCGAAGAAGCCUUCCAUUGUUAAGACUCCAAUAAAGACCCCCCUGGACCCGGAGCACCCAGACUUUAACCUGUUGGGGCAGGAGGUGGAGGGGCCCCAGACCCCCUCACAGACCGCCCUCGCCUCAGUGCCCCCUGCCACCCCUAUAGAAGCUGUCACUGAGGAGAGGAGACCCACCACACACAUCCCCACCCAACCUGACCCAAACCUUGACUGUGCUAUCACUGUGGAAGGAGGACCAGAGCGCUCAGGCACUGUGACCAUCGUAUCCAGAGAAGGGGACCUGAUUCUGGGCUCUGAUGGCCAGAUGUAUAGGGUCCAGAGAGGGCCCCCAGGCAGUAUGGGGCCCCCAGGAAAGGAGGGUUUUGCUGGCUUGCGUGGGUUCAAAGGUGACAAGGGCCAGCUGGGGUCUGAGGGGCGUGCAGGGCGACAGGGGGAUCCAGGCCCCCCCGGCCCACCUGGCCUGCCCUCUUUCUACCUGUGGAAGAACACUGUUGAGGAGUGGGCUACUUUUCAGAAAACCUCUGUCUACCAGUUGCUCAGCGCUGGCUGGCCUAGGGAGCAGGGACCCCCAGGACCAGCUGGGGAGAUGGGGAAGCCAGGUCCACAGGGGCCAACAGGUGAUCCUGGUCAACGAGGGCCUCCAGGAGUAAUGGGAGAAAUGGGUGAGCCGGGGCCAAAUGGCGUGGCGGGCAGAGCAGGGCUCCAUGGGAAAGAUGGAGCGAAUGGGCAGGACGGUCAGCCUGGGACGCUGGGUGAUCCCGGGCGACAGGGACCCUUCGGGUACAGGGGAGACGGCGGUUCCAAGGGAGAAAAGGGGGAGGAGGGCCUUAUUGGAGCAAAGGGUCGAAGAGGCCGAAUGGGAGAACCAGGCGAGAAGGGCUCCAUUGGUUUACCAGGCCGUCGCGGUUUUGUUGGUCCACGUGGACCUCAGGGAGUGAGAGGGGCCACUGGCCCAGAGGGGCUCCCCGGCCCUGAUGGGGAGGCUGGGUUUGAUGGGCCUCCAGGGACUCCUGGGUCAAUGGGAGCCGCUGGUUUCACAGGCUCUGUCGGCGCUCAGGGAGUUAACGGCUCAAAGGGAGAGUUGGGCCUUGUUGGAGUUGUUGGCCCCAGAGGCCCGCAGGGGCCCCAGGGUUUAGAUGGUGAGAGUGGGCCUCCAGGUCUCAGGGGAAUUCAGGGACAGCUUGGGAUGAGUGGUGCCGCUGGUCCGAAAGGUGACCCUGGACCAAUGGGGAUGAUGGGUAUCCGGGGUGAGCUAGGGUUCGAGGGGCCCAUGGGCCCACUGGGAAUACAGGGUCCAAUGGGUUUCCCUGGUAUUACUGGAAAAAGAGGACCAGACGGGGAUAAGGGAGACCCUGGACCAAAGGGGGAGAGAGGUGUUCAGGGUGCUUCGGGUAUCCAAGGGCCUCAGGGAGAGAGGGGUCCCAGUGGCCCCCCUGGCUUUACAGGGCUCAAAGGUCAAUCUGGCACUAAAGGCAUUGAGGGGGAGAAUGGAGAAACUGGCCCUCAGGGAAAACUGGGCAGAGAGGGGCUGAAGGGGAAUAGAGGGACAGGUGGGCGCAACGGCAAGCCUGGACACAGAGGGAACCAGGGUCGCGUGGGUCAGAGAGGGAAUGUUGGCCAGCCUGGUCAACCGGGCUUGCCAGGCCCUCCCGCGACAGAGGGACCAGAAGGAAAGCCUGGUACACAGGGUCUCUCUGGUUCGGUGGCAAUAGCUGGCAAUAAAGGCCUAAAGGGAUUCCAGGGCAUUGCUGGAGAGCCAGGUCCAGACGGCCCCUCAGGACCUACGGGCACACCUGGACGGAUAGGACCAACUGGUAUCCCUGGGCCGCUGGGAGAGAGGGGCUUCACUGGGACGGAAGGUGUAGAGGGCCCACAGGGCUCAGUAGGCAUGUAUGGUUUCCCGGGUAACGUGGGGAUGCGUGGUACAACUGGUCACAUGGGAGAGAGGGGAGAGACAGGUGUGAGAGGCCUGCCUGGUCCUUCUGGGAAGCCUGGACCUCCAGGUUUAUCAGGACCUUCUGGGGAGAGAGGCCCUCCAGGACCUCAGGGUCGGCUGGGGGAUCUGGGACCCACAGGGUCAGAGGGCCUACAGGUGAGUUAAAGCAGAACAGGCCUUAUCA